UCAGCUGUGUCCAAUCACAGCUGAUCACGAGCUGUCAUGCUGACAGCUCGAGAGGAGAGGAGAGCCAGUAAUUGGCAUUCCUCAGAGGGGACAUGUACACAGAUCAUCAGAGCACUGAUGAUCAGUGUGCCCUGAUGAUCUGUGUAGCCCCAGCAGUACCACCUGUCAGUGUCCAUCACUGCCAGCUGUCAGUGCUCAUCCAUGCCACCUGCCAGUGCCCAUCAGUGCCACAUUUCAGUGUUCAUCUGAGCUGCCUUUCAGUGUCACCCAUCAGUGCCAGUCAGUGCCACCUAUCAAUGCCAGUCAGUGCCACCUAUCAGUGCUGCCAAUCAGUGCCAGUCAGUGCCGCCUAUCAGUGUGCGUCAGUGCCACCUAUCAGUGCCAUAUAUGAGUGCUGCCUUUCA